AUGCCUCGCUUCUCCUUAAUCGCAGCAUUGCUAAUAGCAAGCACCAGCGCACAAGCCGCAGAAUGGAUUGGUGAAGUGAAGAAAGUUGGGGGCGUGGAGUACCAAUGUAAAUGCUACUCCGACAACUCCUGCUGGCCCACAAACACCGACUGGGCCGCUCUCAACAAGACAGUAUCCGGCGGUUUGCAAAUCGCCUAUCCACCAGGCGCACCAUGCUACCAGUCCUUCGGCAAUGAAACCAGCGUCUACAAUGCAGCUAAAUGCGCUGAGACGAAAGAGAAAUGGGGUGAUGAACAGUGGCUCACUGACCACCCCAUCGCCACCCUCUGGCCCUUGAAAACAAACAACACAUGUCUUCCCGACAGCGCAGCAACAGGAACCUGCACUCGUGGCUUCUACGGUCGCUACGUUAUCAUCGCCACAACCAAGCAACACAUCAAAGCCGGCGUUGAUUUUGCGCGAAAGAGGAAUUUGAGAUUGAUUAUAAGGAAUACGGGGCAUGAUUUUAUGGGACGAUCAACAGGGUACGGAGCGCUGAUUAUCAAUACGCAUGGGUUUAAAGACGUGGAGUUUAUCAAGAAGUAUACUGGACCGGGAGAUUGGAGUGGCGGUGCGGCAGUUGUGGGGGCGGGUGUGCAAGGGAGGGAGUUGUAUCGGAACUGUUUUGCACAGAAGCCCAAGGUGGUUAUUGUUGGGGGGGAGUGUCCGACUGUAGGUUGGGCUGGUGGAUACAUCCAAGGUGGUGGGCAUGGUCCUCUGACGGGACUCUACGGUAUGGGCGCUGAUAAUGUGCUCUCGUUCGACGCGAUUACUGCUGCUGGCACGUAUGUGACUGCCAAUGCCAAGGAGAAUCCCGACCUUUUCUGGGCUCUCAAGGGUGGAGGUCCCAGUACUUUUGCUGUUGUGGUGAGCAUCACUGUCAAGACGUUCCCAGAGGUACCCGCGGCUGCCACGAUUCUGAACAUCAACUCUACGCACACCAACGACACUGAGCUGUUUGCCAAGGGUGUUCGUAUUUUCCACAACUUGGCCAACCACUACAGUGAUCAUCACAUGUUUGUAUACUUUGAGAUUGGACCUGGUCCCGGCCGUUUGCACAUUGCCCCUUUUGUCGGUCCCAACAUGAACGAAGCACAACUGGCCAAAGUUCUAUCACCACUAUACGAGCAGCUGGAUGCAGCCAAGGUGCCCUAUGACGCUUAUACAAAGGCAUUCCCAACUUUCUUCGAAAUGUACAUCGACAUGUUCGAGGAUGAGCCGCCGAACCAGCAGUCGAUUGUCGGAGGCCGUCUCUUCACACAAAGCGAUAUUGCCAGCCAUGGCGAUGAGAUUGCCGAUGCCCUCAUCUAUGCAGCAAUGCCCGAACCCACCCAGCUGGGCGUCGACAUCGGUCACAUUGUCAAUCCUGGGCGUGCGUAUCCCAAGGUAGACAACGCCAUCCACCCUGCCUGGCGCAAUGCGAGCAGCUUCGUCAUCACCAAUGUGAUGAUGCAGGGCACAGAGUCAUGGGACGUCAAGAUGGAGCGUGAACACUUCAACACGCAUGUUGUGGGUCAGAAACUGAGAGAUGUUUCACCCAACGGAGCCAGCUAUGUCAACGAGGGCGAUCUCAAUGAGCCCAACUGGCAAGAGGCAUACUGGGGAACCAACUACCCAAGACUGCUGAAGAUUCGCCAGAAAUGGGAUCCUGAGGGCGUCUUCUUCACCGAGACUACGCCUGGCACGGAGAAGUGGAGUGUGCUGGAUUAUGGGACGAAGCUGUGCAAGAAGGCUGGCAAGUAA